AUACAAACCUUAUUGUCAUUAAAACAGAGAGAGAGAGAUGGCUCUAAUUGUGAUUGUUAACCUCCUAAUGCUCUCCUCUGUUGCCUCACUAGUUAAUAGCCUGAGUGUAAAUUACUAUGAUAGGACAUGCCCUAAUGCGGAAUCAGCUGUGACUGAUGCCGUCAAGAAGGCUGUGCUCAAUGACAAGACGGUCCCGGCAGCUCUCCUGAGGAUGCAUUUCCAUGAUUGCUUUAUCAGGGGUUGUGAUGGGUCGGUUUUGUUGGAAUCGGGAAAGGGUAACACAGCGGAGAAAGACGGUCCACCAAAUGUUUCACUGCAUGGAUUCUAUGUCAUUCACAACGCCAAGAAGGCAGUGGAAGCUAUUUGCCCUGGCGUCGUCUCUUGUGCUGAUAUCCUCGCUCUUGCUGCAAGAGAUGCUGUCACGCUCUCAGGAGGACCUAGCUGGAACGUACCAAAGGGCAGGAAAGAUGGAAGGGUUUUCAAGGCCACAGAGACCAGAUCACUGCCAGCCCCCACAUUUAACCUCUCUCAGCUCAUACAAAGCUUCUCACAAAGAGGACUCUCACAGCAAGACCUCGUAGCUCUCUCUGGUGGGCACACAUUGGGGUUCUCUCAUUGCUCCUCUUUCGAGAACAGAAUUCACAAUUUCGAUGCCAGCCACGAUGUGGACCCAUCACUGAACCCGAGCUUUGCGUCGAAGUUGAAGAACAUCUGUCCAGCUCACAACAAGGUUAAGGGUGCAGGUUCAACCAUGGACUCAACUUCUACGGCUUUCGACAACUCGUAUUAUAAGCUUUUAGUUCAAGGGAAGAGCCUCUUCUCUUCUGAUCAAUCCUUGCUUUCGAGCCCUCAAACCAAGGCUCUGGUGGCCAAGUUCGCAAGCUCAAAGAAGGCCUUUGAGGAUGCCUUCAUUAAUUCCAUGAUCAAGAUGAGUAGCCUAAAUGGAGGUCAGGAAGUAAGGCUAGAUUGCAGGUUCGUUAGAUAAAGAACCUCUAAAGUCUAUCUUGUAGGGCAUAAGAUGCCUUGGUGUUCCUGGUUUAAAUUCCCCAACUUUUGUUUUCUAUCUUUGGGUGCUUGACUCUAAAAGUUGGAGGACAAGUAUAUGUUUUAUGUGUAUUCUCGUGCACGGAAGUGUGCUCCAAUGGAGUUUUGCAGUAGUUAGAAGAGAUUUAAGUUUAUGACAAAGUGGAGAUUGCAAUGGCUUCCUAUUUGUAAAUUAAGAAGAGUGUUCAGGGACUCUGCAAAUGCAAUUUGGUGUUGUUCAUGUAUGAGGCGAUUGGCAUAUUAUUGUGUUCAAGUGCAUGUAAUUUGUUUAGCUUAA